AUGAUCGAAAAACGCCAAAGAGCGCGAUCGCGCUUCUUCGAUUACAUAUCAAAAAAAGCCGAAGAGUGCGAUAGCGCUUGUCAUGUUCAAUGCGAAACUAUUAAACGAAAUAAGGCAGAAGGAAGUAUAAUGAGCCAAAAAAUUAAAAUUACAAGCAUAAACGAAAAUCCAAGUUGUCCGAGUGACACCGAUGACUCUGACAUCAUUCCUAUCAAGAAGAGCAAAAAACGUAUUUUCAGUAGUUCGGAGAGUGAUAGCGAUUUUUCGAUACACGAUGAUUCAUGUGCAGAGGACUCACUAAGAAUAACCAAAGAAAAUACCGACAAUUCUGAAGCAGAAUUUACUGAAUUGGAGGUGAAAGCAUUCAUAGCAAUGAUUCUAGAAAUGGGCAUUACAAGAAGACCCAAUAUACCUUCAUAUUGGAGCAAAAAUUCACGGCAGAUAUUAUGUUCUUUAUGUUUUCCACCUAGUCAUUCUAAUUACGAUCCCUGUGUAAGAUUUGAACCCCUUGUUAGACACGCUAACAGAGUUUUUAAAUUAUAUUAUAUACCUCAUAAGGAAUUAUCAAUCGACGAAUCCUUAGUUGGAAUGUUAUGUCAUUCAAGUAUAACUCAAUACAUGCCAAACAAAAAACAUCAUCGCUGGGGCAUAACAUUUUGGAUGUUAUGCGAUGCAGUUUCGAAAUAUUGUUUAACCUUUUAUUGUUAUAAAGAUGCAAAAUCAAAAAGUAAUAGUGACAAAAAUACGUUUGGGUUAGGAUAUAAUGUCGUGGUAAAUUUAUUAAAUGAAAGUAAUUGUUUAAAUAAAGAAUAUCACUUCUUUGUUGACAACUUUUUUAGUAAUAUUGAAUUAGCAAGAUAUUUAUAUUCCAACAAUACUUAUUUAACCGGAACUAUCAGACAAAAUAAAAAAUGUAUUCCCGAUCACUUAAAAACAGUUAAUGUAAAUGAAGCGAAAUAUUUCAAAGAUAAUAAUGUGCUCCUUUGUGCGUAUCGUGAAAAGAUAAGCGUAAAAAAACCAGUAAUACUAAUUUCAACUAAAUGCGAAGAUAAAAAUGUGACGGGAACAAAAAAAAGACACGAUAGAGAAAAACAUUCAAGAAAACCUGCCAUCUUUCACUCUUACAAUACCUUCAUGGAUGGAGUAGACGAAUCAGAUAAAAUGUUAUACACAUACCUUGAUGAACAUAGAACUGCUACGUUUAGUAAAGUUGCCACAACGCAACUUACGGAAUUGCAUAGUGUGUAG